GCAGAGCGGCGGUGUUGAGGGAGGAGAGAAACUCUGAUGACGGAUAGCGAAGGAAACUGGAUUGAAAAGCGCACACACACUGCAGCUCGAGCUAUUACGACAUUAUUUUGAGGGGACUGAUAUCUUCACCGUGUCACUGUGUUGGACGGAGAUUUUUAGUUGGACUCAGGUCUGGACUGUGGCUUGGUCAUUGCCCUUCAAUGGCUGGGUUAGCUCCCUGCCAGGGAAUCAAACCCGUGUCGCAGCAAUGAGAGCAUGGGAGCCAGCCCCUGGACUACCAGGAGGAGACCAUGCUGCAAUUUGCCAACCAGCCAAGGAUGUCGCUGCACAAGCCUGCCCUCAGACGCAGCGCCUCUACAUUAGAGUCGACCAAUCGUGGCAGCCCUUUAGUGACCCCACCCACAUCUCUCAAUCUCCGCUCUUCUCUCAAUCAACAACUGGGCCGUGACAUCACAAGAGGAGGUGUUUCUGUGGAGACACAGGGUUCUGCUGCUCCCCCAAAGAACCGCCAGAAAUAUGCCAUGGCCAACUUGCAGAAUGCUAUGGGGCUGGAUGGAAGUUCUGCCCAAGGAAGGGUUAAACCUGUUCCCAAGAAAUCUGCCUCUUCCUCUUCCCUAUGUUCUUUUUCUCUGUCGUUCUCACCAUCUAAUACCAAACUAGCAAAAAAUGGCACCAAUCUACAGCUAAAGGAAACACAAUUCGACCUAAGUAGAAAGGACACAAAUCGCAAUGACAUCAAGGCCGAGUGUGGGCGUGAUUGGCCAGAUACCUUUGCCAAAGAUGUCGAGAAAAACAUGCCCUUUAGACGAAGGACAAAAAGUUUUUUGGAAUAUCACAGAGAAGAAGAAGAAGAAGAAUCUCCUGCAAAAGAAAUCCAGACACCAGAAGAAGAGAAACCGUGCAUGCCCAAGUUGGAGCUCCAAAACUGGGCAAAAGAAAAUCGUGUGGAGGCUCAUUUAACGCUCCCUCAGAAUCACCUGCUGCUCCUGGCCAAUGAAGAGGAAGAAGAGCACCAGAGCCCUGCCCACACUCACCUGAGCCCCGCCCACACUCCUAUGAAGUGUGCGACGGAAGAAAGUGGCAAAGACUGUGGGCCAAAGGUUAUGUCAAAACCACCAAUUGCAGGUGAAAGAAAGGAAACCCCACCCACUUCCCUGCCUUUAGUCCGCUCUCUGGUCCCACCGAAUUCCCUGCCCAUGCCCCCACUAAUUGUGGCACAACAAAAAGACAAACAGUUGGAGGAGGAAGAAGAGGAGGAUGACGAUUCAAGCUGGACAACUCUGUCUCAGGAGAGUCCGUCUUUAGAGACACCACAGGAAACAGGUCCAUGCAGUGACUCAGCGCUGCCCCCUGUUUGGCAGAAGGAGGAUGAUGUGGUGUCUGAUGUUUAUCUCUGGCACAGCAAAACGCAACAGGACCAACCCGUAACCGAUAGCAAACAGAACCAGGAAGGUGGGGGAAGCUCACUGUGCGUUCCCUCAUCUAAGACUCAGUGUGAGAGGCCUAGUAGUAUCGUGUCAGACAGUUCUGUUGAGCCUGUGCCUUCAUCUGCUGCCUCUUCACCCUCCUCAUCCUCACUCUGCUAUGAAGCAACCACAGGCAGCUUCCUUAAUAACAACUACCUGGACCUGAAGGAGACUGCCGCCCCUUCUGACUCCAGACAAAGUAAAAGUGUGAGAGGUGAAGAGCAGCAGGAGCAAGAGUGUGCUGGGGCUCGCUGUAUGCCGUACAGCUACGUAAACCUGAGAUACACCAGAUCUAAAGUUCCACCUCCUCCUGCUGAUACAGUGAUCCCUAUCAAUGACUUCGAGACACACGUGUUUCGUGUGCGCUCUCUCGGCUGGAUGGAAGUGUGUGAAGCCGACAUGGUGUCUGGCAGCAUUGUCAUCAGCGACUGCAUCCGACUCCUCCAGCAAUCGAACACACACUCUUACACCCGCACACUGCGCCGGAGAGAAAGGGAGAGUGCGGGGGAAAUGGAGGAGGGUAAAGCAAUGCUGUUAGUGCUGCAGGAUGCCACUCUGACCUUGAUCGACCCUGUAGACCACACCCUUCUCCAUUCUCAGCCAAUCGGCAGCAUCAGUGUGUGGGGAGUUGGGCGGGGCCAAAGCAGGGAUUUUGCAUAUGUGGCUCGGGAUAAAAACACACACGUGCUGAAAUGUCACGUGUUCCAGUGUGACAGUCCUGCAGAAGCCAUCGCUGCCAGCCUGAACCAGAUCUGCUCCAGGAUUAUGGCAGAGAAGAAGAACGGUAAAGCGGCAAGCGGCUCGUCCCUGCCUGGCACUGAAGUCCCACUACAAGUAGACUUUCCCACUCCAAACACUGCACUACAACAGAGUUUCCAUGUUCUCUACCUGGGAAUGACCUCUGUGUCUCGUCCCAUAGGGAUGGACAUAAUAAAUGGAGCGAUUGACAGUCUGCUGUCGUCCACGGGGAAAGAUGACUGGACUGCAGUUUUGCUGAACGUGGAAGAUGCGACAGUCAGCGUUAUCAAAGAGAAGGAGGAGGAGGAGGAAGUGCUGGUGGAGUGCCGUGUGCGUUUUCUUUCGUUCAUGGGCGUCGGCCACGAUGUGCACACGUUUGCCUUCAUCAUGGACACGGGCAACCAGCAUUUUCAGUGUCACGUGUUCUGGUGUGAGCCAAAUGCAGGGAGUGUGUCUGAAGCCGUGCAGUCUGCCUGCAUGCUGCGCUAUCAGAAAUGCCUGGUCUCUCACUCUUCCUCUCAGAGAUCCUCCACCUGCUCGUCUCCAUCUUCUUCAGACUCUGUGACUCGGCGUGUGACUACCAGCAUGAAGCGUGGCGUCCAGUCUAUCAUAGACACUCUGAAAAAGAAGCCUGCCCCGGAGAUGCCUCACCAAUGACGGUGCAACUCAGCUACGGUCACGGUCAAGGUCAAGGUCACGGUCAGGACAUGUAAAUAAAACACAGUUAACUCUGUACAGCCAAGGAGAAACUAAUGAUCAGAAACAAGGAAGUGGAAAGGAAGAGAGAUGACCUUAUGGGUGAAGUCUGCACCCGUAGCUCUUUGAACUCUGACCAUCUCUAAGUGCUCCCUGAAGUACACCUUGGACAAAAGCCACACAAUUACACUCAUUUUUAAGCCAACAGACACACGACCACAAUGUGUAUUACUCUGUUACCAUCAUGUUGAUGUUAGUGAAGAUUCAUUUUCAUGUCUGACGGCAGAAUCAUGUUAAGCCGUUGCAUCGGCGUGUUAAGUCAGUACAACCUCGGUACAAAAUAAAGCUGUAUUUAAACCCCAUUAGGCUGAAAAUACAGAAACAGGUGAAAUGUUGAAUUCGGUAGGUUUUGUUUGAGAAUCGCUUGCACACGAUUGAAGGAUCCUAAUUACUUCAGUCCAUGGUGCCGGACCCAUACUUACCCAAAAUACCCCCCCUUAAGAGAAGCAUACAGUAUGUAGCACAUGAUUUUACUAUCAUUUUUAUGAUUCCUGUGUCUCAAAUUACACUUCAUUCAGAGCCCCUUACUGGUAAAGUCUAGUGUACUGUUCGUCCCAUUGUUGGUGAUGCCAUAGUUCAGUAUUCCUGAGUUGAAGGAUUUGAUUAUGACUUGAGAAACAGUUUGAGUAAGUUAGAGAUUACAGACAUUUUGAGUUACACAGCAAGUUAAAUUUUUUGACCAACAAGUGAACAAUUUCAGUCAGAAAUUACCACACAAUUCUUCUGCAAGAUCAUCUUUUCCAAGAACAUACAUCUCUAAGGUGAUUUUCGAUGUGACUAGUGUAAAAUUAACUUAAUGUAACUAACAUACAGCUAAGCAAAGCAACAAUGGACAACUAAGCUAAUGUAAACAUUUGUGUUCUUUUGUUUAAGAUCUGUUUCAUAUGGGUGUGUGGCAUGUCCAGUUGUGUUUAAAUUACGAUUAAAUGUCAAAAAAACUAUA